AGUCCUAUCACUAACACCACGUCUGUAGAUCAAUUCUUAAACACCUUCGAGACCAGUGACCGUAGUAUUAACAGAUCAGAAUGUAUCAGUAGUAAAAAUCUUAGACACGGCUUAAAAUUAACUUACUAAGAUCUUAUCCUUUAAGAUUUUGAUAAGAUAAUCUAAGAUUUUAUCGUUUAAGAUCAUAAUAAGAUUUGAUGAUUCCACCUUCAUUCACCACCCCUUUGUUUUGCUCUCAUUCAUCUAUAAAAGUGAUCGAAAAUAUGAGUGAUUUUACGGUUAUUUUUCUUCGAGACUCUGCUAGUACUUGCUCUCUCGAAAGUAUUCAACAACUUUUUAGAGAAUGCACAUGCAGAUCAAGAUUCAUAGUCGGAUACCCGAAAUUGUGCAAUUUCUUUUCAUUCUUCAACACUGUUCAACUGCAGCUCUGGAUAAUGUGGAUUAAAAAUUAAAGAAUUCUCAGCGAAUCCCGAAUGAAUAUUAUUAAGAAACCACCAUCGUUACUAUUAAAAUCCUAACAGAUUCUUACCCAACCUUGAAAAAGUCUUAGAUAGUAUAAUCUUAGUAAGAUCUUAGACGAAUAUAAGCAAAAUCUUACUAAGAUCUUGAUAAGAUUCGAGUAAGUUUCUUACUAGGAAUAUAUCGAUACAUUUUUUGCAUUCAUUUAUUGUAUCUAACAUGGUGAACAUCUGUGAAUCUCCUAUUGAAGGAUAUGAAGAUCACUCUUUUUAUAAUUUAGAUAGUGGUGGAUAUGAUGAUCGUCAAUAUAGCAGUGUUCCUUAUCCACCUCAAACUGAAAUUUCUCAAUCACGUUUGUCUUCCUCGACACCAUUAUAUCAAAAUGUUUAUGGUUUAACUCGUAGUUAUACAUUACCGAGUCGAAAUAAACGUGAUGAUCAUAGAACAACAACCGAAUAUCGACAAAAUUCAGCAUCGAGAGCAUACAAACGAGAUAUCGAUAUGGAGGAACAACAACAAGAACAGUAUCCGACAGAUAGAUUAAAUGAGCAUCGACAACGUCGACUAAGUGGUGAUUCAGAUCGUAUGCCACAAGAAAGUUCAAAUCGUGAUAUUUUUCUUCAUAAACGACCAUAUGCUCCAACUACAGUCUCUGAUAUUCAUCUAAAUGAUGUUGUCAAAUUUUCGAGACCUGGUGGAAAAAUUAGUAAGGGUGUUGUGAAAUAUAUCGGAACUUUACCGGGAAAAAAUGAUCAGUAUCUGGGAUUGGAAUUAGAAGAUGAAGAAAGUAAACACGAUGGAGUUUAUCAAGGUCAACGAUUGUUUCAAUGUAAAACAAAUAAAGGUGUAUUCGUCGGUUUCAGUAAAGUUAUUAUGGCUUGGGGUGAUCGAUGA